AUGCUGUGCGGAGACGACAGCUCAUUCAACCGUAUUUUUCUAGCAUGGCGUCGGGUUCGGUAUUGGGUCUGUUCAUUUUCCAUCAAUCAAUGGAGUAUUGAGGAGGAGCUAGGUGGUAUGACAAUUGAGAGCACGCCAUUCUACAACGCGUUAUGGAGUACCUCUUGUAAUGGAACUGUAAUGGUAAUUCAAGAGACGGCAGAGCCCCUCAAAAGAGUGUGGUGCCUCUUUGAAGUCUUGCAAACUUUGAACCGACUCGACAAGUCGAAUGCUGCCAGAUUUGAAGGCUUACACUUUACUACCCGAUCAGGUGUGCUUAAUGCUGGCACAGCUCCCGUCGACACAGUGCUGAAGAUUGGUGCGCAUGUUAGCGAUGUGUAUUUCGAGCACGCCCGUGCCACAGAGCAGAAGGACCAGGACUUGAUUAACAGGGAGGUCCAGGCGAAAGGGGGCUUCGCUGUUUUGAACCGGUUCGUGCGCAACGCGGUGUGGGACGUCGUCCUCGAGAGCAAGGGUAAGUUGGAGACCAGCAUUCUCGAGAUCGGUUCCCGGCUCAGAGUCAGUACGGUCGAGUCUGGCGAGGAAUUGCAGAAGUUCGGGCGAGUCAUCGGGGUGACCAUUCUGGGGGCCAGCGGACUGCGAGAGGCCAAUUCGAUGACGGUGGCGAUGCCUUAUUGCAUAUGUCGGGUUCUGGGCAACACGGCCGUGAAGCCGGUGCGGACAGGCACGGAUUGCAACACGUUGGCUCCACAGUGGAAUUCCGGGCCCUUCUAUUUCGAAGCUCGGCAGGUCGUGGGCAGGGUGCUGGAGUUCAGCGUCGUGGACGAUUCCUGCCAGUUCAGCGAGUCUGGCGCCGUGGAGCAGGACGACCUGCUGUGCUCGGCGUCUCUCCCCUUCGACAGGCUCUGGCCGAGUGGCUUCUCGGGCGAGCUCCCGCUCCAGGGGAGGAGCGCCGCCCCCGGCGCCGCACUGACGGUCCGCGUGCUGGAGGGCGGCCCGGGGGAGCAGACCGCCAGGGACGAUUGGCCCGAGCUGUAG